GUGUGCUCUCUGACAUGGCGAUCGGCACCGGGGACAGGGUUCAGGAAGAGACCACAUCACUGUCUGAGAAUGGAGGCGGGCUAUCACUGGUCCUCCCCAUGGCCGGCACACGCUGCGCAGCAGAAAGCGCAAGGUCCAGCAAACACGGCGCGCGGUUGGCCGGCCGGGGCGAUGGCUGAUGUGCUGGUUUCUAGGUCGAGGAGCUUCUGAGGAGGUGGUGGUUGGUCGGUUCGUUGCGCUGGGACUUUCGGCCGUGGGUUUCAGCUGAAGCUCGGCGAUGGAAAGCUCAGGUCGUCUCGUCCGGCUCCGUUCGUUUCGUGCCGACAGACGAUGGUGAACUCUGCGACUGGUCGAGGACUGGCGUCAGAGUCAGAGUCUCCUUGCGAUUCGCUCGAUUCGGAAUCUGGAUGAACCCUGGCAGAGGAAUUCGGACAUGGAGCUCGGGGAUUCUGUUCCCUUUUCGGAUCGAGUCGGGGAGAUUUGAAGCUAGGUUUCAGUUUGGUGGGUGUACUUGUUCGCUUUCGCGAGUUGCAAGGGCGCGAUGGGUUCGGCGUCAUCACGGAGGAGAAAGGAUCCAGCAAUUCGUGAAUUUGUAGUUGCGAAGAGGGUUUCGGGAGUCGAUUCUCGACAUCCCGAUCGGGAGAUCGGAUGUAUGCGCUUAACUGCUCGAUUGGACCGUGGAAGUGCUAGCGAAGUAUGAUUCAUGAAGUUGAAGCCUUCAUGGCUCGUGUUAUAGUGGCCUCGAGAGACUCGGACAAGCUCUACCAAAUUCACAGAAGGCUGUGGGAGGGGAUUCAUAUUUCUAGAAUACUCGUGCCUGGUCCAGCAGGCCUUUGUCACCGGGAUUUGUCGACGAAUCAUCGAGUCGUACCUCCGCCGAGUUUCACACGCGAUGUUCAUGUCGAGGACCUGCAUUCCUUUCAGUCGAGAGCAAGAAACUCCUGUUGUUUCCUGGAGCCUGAAAUUCUGGGAAGAUUUUCGAGAUUUCCUCAUUCCUUGCAGCCUUACAUUGUUGAUACUGAUGGGUUUGAAGACGACGACCAGCAAUUUCUGCAUCGUCCAGCUGCUGGAACGCAUUCUUGCAGAUCAUCUUGCGGCAAAACCGGCAAUUAUGAAAUCCCUACCCUUCAAGGAGGCGUGGAAGUGUACAGCAUAAAAACCAGGCACAGCCACAAGUUUCAAAAGGAGUCGAGAUCAGGAAGUCGAAGGCUGGAGUUUCUGACAUCUCCGUCCUUGUGGAGAGAAUCACAUAAAAGCCACAUGGCUUCAACGAGCCUUAGGACACUGAACCUAAGCGCGUUCAGACUGGAUCUGAGGGUUGCACAUGAUCUGACACCGUUUUCACGGAUUAUGUUUCGAGGCUUUCAUUUUGCUAAAGGACCCAGCAAAAUUGGAACAGAGAAGUAUCAUAGUGCUUUGACUUCUGUACAGGGUAUUUCUGACUGUUCUAGGAAGAAUAUGUCAGAAGCAAAACGAGAAGAACCAGCUUCACGGAUCGAAAAGGGUGCAGCAAUCGAUGAGCAAGAGCCGGACAAGGGCUUGCAUCUGGGCAGAGAAGACGAGGAUAGGACAGAUCAGUAUGCGAAUGCUAUUCUGCCACCUCCGAUGGGUUCAUCUCGGCUAGCUAAGAAGAUAAAGUAUAUCCUGGGUGGAGGAGCUGGAUCCUGGCAUGCACUUUCAAGUUUCCGGAUGAAUUUGAAUCCCUCGCUGGUCAGUAAAGUGCUGAAGGUGGUGGAAGAUUUUCGGCUUGCUUACGGAUUCUUCAAGUGGGCUGGUGAGCAACAAGGAUACGAGAAUACUGCCGAUGUGUACAAUAUUAUGGUGGGCAAACUUGCUGUGAACGGACAUGUCGAGGGUGCAGUCCUGCGUCUGGAGGAGAUGACAAGCAAGGAUUUGAAAGUCAGCGUGGUUACUUACACUACUGUAAUUCAUGCUCUGUGCAAGGCAGGUGAUAUCAAUGCAGCGCUUAAGCUGUUCUCAGAGAUGCGAACUAGCUUGUGUGCUCCCAAUGUGUACACCUACAACGCUGUGAUGAACGGGCUCGGUAAGAUGGGGAGAGUGGACGAGGCACUGAAGCUUUUUGCGGAUAUGAAGUCCACAGGGUGUUCACCGGAUGUCGUGACAUUCAACACUCUGAUUGAUGCCCUCGGAAGGUCAGGAGACAUGAAUAAGGCUGGCCAGCUUUUUCAAGAAAUGGAGGCAACGGGAUGCACCCCAGAUGUGGUGACGUAUAAUUCUCUCAUACAUGGCUUUGGCAAAGAAGGCAGAUGCAGUGCAGCUUGUGCAGUUUUUGAGGGCAUGAAGAGAAAUGGUUGUGCUCCUGAUACGGUCACUUACAACACCCUGAUGGAUGCCCUCGCCAAGGGUCAGAUGUGGGACCUGGCCUUUGAGCUUCUGGAAGAGUUUCAAAAGGAGAGCCGGUUCGCACCCGGGGCAGGGGCAGCUCUCUACACAAGUCUGAUUGAUGCUCUGUGCAAAGCCAAGCUGGGGAAAGAGGGAUUCCGGGUGUUCGAAAGCAUGCAACAACAUGGCAGCACACCCGAUCUUUAUACAUACACUACGUUAUUGGUAGGGCUUGGAAAGAGCGGACAGUGGGACUUGGUAAGGACUGUCGUGGCAGACGUGAAGAGAGCCGGUUACACCCUCAACGUGGUCACUUACAACUCACUGAUCGAUAGCCUGGGUAAGGCUGGACAAGACGAAGCAGCUCGCAGGCUUUUUGCAGAGAUGGAACAGAGUGGUGUUUCUCCCGACGUCGUGACCUACAACUCUUUGAUUGCCGGCAUCGGUAAGGUCGGCAGCCUGGAGGAGGCUUUAGAGUUACUGGAAACAAUGAAAACUCGUGGGAUCAGUCCGACCGUAGUCACAUAUACUUCCCUUAUUGAUUUACACAUCAAGGCAGGAAACAUUAAGGUAGUCUGGAAGCUACUGGAGGAGAUGAAUCUGAAGGGUUUGAAGCCUAACGCGGUGACAUAUAGAGCUCUGAUAGAUGGCUUUUGCAAAGCAGGGGAGCUGGAGUUGGCAUGGGACUUUUAUCUGAAUAUGCUUGAUAUGGAUUAUCCUCCUCACCUGUUCACUUACAAAUCCCUCAUAACUGCAUGUCACAAGGAGGGUAGAGCUGACAAGAUGCAGGAGCUGUUCGAAAACAUCAAGCAAAAGAGUUAUGGUCGCAAGGCAGGGCAGCUGGGAACAUUGGAAGAGUUUCUGCGAGACUUGGAGCAAUCAAGCGAAGGUCGUCGCUCCAGGAAAGGUGACUUAUUGCAACAGGGCAUCUCGAAGUGAGGCCGAUCACAUUGAUGGAGAGCAACUGCAUGGAGCCUUCCAAGUCAUUUUGGCCCUGAAGUGCAGGGCAGAACAGUCCAACUUGACAAGCAGUGCUUGCCCUAGACUGAGAAUUGGUCCAGUUUAUCCGACCUUCAUAUGAUGAACAACUCAAUCUUUGUUCCAGGAUUUGAAACGCAGUCAAAGUCUGAAACUUGAAAUUACCUGCAUCGACUCUUGGAGCUGCUGGGUACCGUGGUAGUAUGAAUCGUCAGGUUAUGUCCGGGAUGCGAGUGAUAAUACGUGGGACGGAUUAGCUCUGAACUUUACUGUGAAGGUAAUUAUAUCUAGGGACGCAAUUGAUGAGAUUUUUGAAAGUAAAAAUCUAUUUCAUUUAUUUCUCUGUAAGCUAUGUUACUUCACGUCAAGUUCAGACUACUCCGCAAUCAUUGUUAAGUACAUUAAGUGGUUAACAAACAUCUGAAGCGAGUGCCUACAUAAAGUGUGGAUCGUAUUGGUGUUAGUUAAGACAAUUCUCUUGCAAAGUCGCAAUAUGGCAGCGGGUCCCAAGUUGCUUUCUAGACCUCGAUCCACUGGAUGGAUCUUAUAUGGAAAAAACUUUCUGCGAAAGGAUAUUGCUCUCGGAUAUUUUUCGGAAUGUUUAUAAGUUUAAUAACAUAAUAAUCAACAUGUUUGGUGGACGAAUGAAAUGGC